AUGGUUAAAGCAAUUAGAAUUCAUGAGCACGGCGGCCCUGAGGUCCUGAAAUGGGAAGAUGUUCAAGUCCCAGAUCCAAAAGAAGGAGAAAUCAGAUUGAAGCAAAAGGCAGUUGGUUUAAAUUUCUUGGAUGUGUAUAUGCGUCGAGGUGAGCAGAAUCUAGCUCCACCCUUGCCAUAUAUCCCAGGUAUGGAAGGAGCCGGAGUUGUAACAUCGGUGGGUCCCGGAGUAACCAGCUGCAAAGUUGGAGAUGUCGUGGCUUACGCUAGCCCGGUGGUGGGUUCUUAUGCCCAAGAUAGAAUACUUCCCGCAGAUCUAGCGGUGCCUGUUCCUUCUUCCGUUGAUCCCGUUGAAGCAGCCGCCGCCAAUUUUAAGUGUCUCACGGCACAUGUCUUGAUCCAUAAAGGCUUUAAAGUAGGUGAGCCAUUCAAUUCUUGA